GGAAUGUCGAAUGUUUUUUUACCCGGCGAACUAAUUGGAUUGUUGCGAGCUGAACGAACGGGGCGUGCCUUGCAAGAAGCGAUUAGUUAUCGAGCUCUAUUAUUGGGAAUAACAAAAACAUCUCUGAAUACUCAAAGUUUCAUAUCUGAAGCGAGUUUUCAAGAAACUGCUAGGGUUUUAGCAAAAUCUGCUCUCCGGGGUCGUAUCGAUUGGUUGAAAGGUCUGAAAGAGAAUGUUGUUUUAGGGGGAAUGAUACCCGUUGGUACCGGAUUCAAAAGAAGAAUGCACCGUUCAAGGCCGAGGCAACAUAACAAGAUUACCUCGGACAAAAAAAAAAAAAAAUUAUUUGGAGUGGGGGCGCGAUAUAUUUUGUUCCACCACAGAGAAUUAUUUGAUUUUUUCAUUUCAAACAAUUUAUACGAUACAUCAGAGCAAUCUGGGAUUUUAUGAUUUCCAAAAGUGGAUUCAAUCCCUAAACGUGGUCAUUUUACUUGGGAAUCAAAGAUAAUAAAAAAGAAAAAAAAAAAAAAUGAAUGGCCCGAUCAUGUCUCAACGGCCAAUCUUCGGCAGAAGAGAAGGUUCCAUUGGAACAAUUCUUUAUUUCUAUUUCGGGAUACCCGGUCUCUUUUUUUUUUUCUUUUUUUUAUUUUUCAAAAAAAUGUGGGGAUAAAUGACAAAAAGAUAUUGGAACAUAACUUUUGAAGAGAUGAUGGAAGCAGGAGUUCAUUUUGGCCACGGUACUAGGAAAUGGAAUCCUAGAAUGGCACCUUAUAUAUCCGCAAAGCGUAAGGGUAUUCAUAUUACAAAUCUUACUAGAACUGCUCGUUUUUUAUCAGAAGCUUGUGAUUUAGUUUUUGAUGCAGCAAGUGGGGGAAAACAAUUCUUAAUUGUUGGUACCAAAAAAAAAGCAGCUGAUUCAGUAGCACGGGCUGCAAUAAGAGCUAGAUGUCAUUAUGUUAAUAAAAAAUGGCUCGGUGGCAUGUUAACAAAUUGGUAUACUACGGAAACGAGACUUUAUAAGUUCAGGGACUUGAGAACAGAACAAAAGAUGGGGAGACUAAACCGCCUUCCAAAAAGAGAUGCUGCUAUGUUGAAGAGACAAUUAUCACACUUGGAAACAUAUCUGGGCGGUAUAAAAUAUAUGACGGGGUUACCUGAUAUAGUAAUAAUUGUUGAUCAGCAAGAAGAAUAUAAGGCUCUUCGAGAAUGUAUCACUUUGGGAAUUCCAACGAUUUGUUUAAUCGAUACAAAUUGUGACCCCGAUCUCGCAGAUAUUUCGAUUCCGGCUAAUGAUGAUGCUAUAGCUUCAAUACGAUUCAUUCUGAACAAAUUAGUAUUUGCAAUUUAUGGGGGUCGUUCUAGCUAUAUACGAAAGUCUUAAUUCAUA